AUGGGGAAGCUGAACAUCGCACACCACAAAUCAUACCAUCCGUAUCGUCGUGAUAACAUCGAACGUGUUCGCAAAGAUGAAGAAGAAGCUGCCCGGAAGGAGGCGCAGGAGGAGGGUAGAAUGAUGCUCGCGGAUUCUGAAGCCCGCAUAGACUUACUGCGGGAGCGCGCCGGAACCCAGCGAGACUCUUCCGGCCGCAGGUCUCGAAAGAGGGACGACUUCGAUGAGGAGAAGGUAGCGACCACCUCGGCGCCGCAGCCAGCGUUGACGAACCCCAACGGGCACAUCAACCUCUUCGAAGACCUGGAGCAAAGCCAGAUGUCUGCAGCGAUACGAUCGUCGUCUAAGAAGAAAUCCGACCCCGUAGAAACUGACAAAGGUGUCCCCCUAGCGCCAUCCGCCAAAGACUUGAAUCCAUGGUACUCUUCCAGAAACGACGAUAGCAAGCCAGUAGAUGAAGCGGAGGAGGGGAGGAGGAAGCGCGAUAAAGCGCGCCAAGCAAUGCAUGACCCUCUUACUUCCAUUUCCCGACAACUUGCAUCGCACCACGCAUCGUCAGCACACGCAACUUCAUCACGAUCAUCACAUCGCUCGCGGCCAACACCAUCAGACGCAUCACGCCCACCGGAAGUCAACGCUAGGCUAGCAAGGGAAUCAUCGGAACGCGAGAGGGCACUGGAACUGAUAAGGCGAAAGAAACGCGAGAUGAUGGGCAGUGAAACGCCAAGCACUGUGCACGGCGGUGGCUAUACGGACGUGUUCAACAGGAAAGAGGUAGAGGAUGCUCAUCGAGUUCGGGAUCGAGACCUACGUCGCUCCAGUAGGCUGCAAUCCGUUCCUCCCUAA